UCUCCCCGCCCCAUCCCAUCCCGGCUCUCCUCGCCGGCUGCGCGGUCCUGCUGCCGUCUCCCGUCUCAGCCGCGGCUGCUCCAGCCCUUCCCUUGCCCCGCUGACGAUCGGGCAGCGCUGGCAGCUCCGCUCCCUCUCCGGCUCCGCGGCCAUCCCGGAGCUCCCCGGGCGCUGGCGGCCGCUGCGCGCAGGCAGCGCGGUGCGCUCAGCCUCCCGCCCCGCCGCAUCCCCGGCGUGCCCGCGGAGCCCCCGGGCAGCCGGCGGCAUGUCAGCCGUGCGCAGGAAGUUUGGGGACGAGUACCAGGCCGUGGGCCUCGCUCGCUGCAGCGCCCGCAGGGAGCGGCAGCGCUUCGUGGACAAGAACGGGCGCUGCAACGUGCAGCACGGCAACCUGGGCGGCGAGAGCAGCCGCUACCUCUCCGACUUCUUCACCACGCUGGUGGACCUCAAGUGGCGCUGGAACCUGCUCAUCUUCCUGCUGACCUACACGGUGGCCUGGCUGGUGAUGGCCUCGAUGUGGUGGGGCAUCGCCUACCUGCGCGGGGACCUGCAGCAGGCGCACGGUGACACGUACAGCCCGUGUGUGGCCAACGUGUACAACUUCCCCUCCGCCUUCCUCUUCUUCGUGGAGACCGAGGCCACCAUCGGCUACGGGCACCGCUACAUCACGGAGCGCUGCCCCGAGGGCAUCGUGCUCUUCCUCUUCCAGUCGCUGCUGGGCUCCGUCGUGGACGCGUUCCUCAUCGGCUGCAUGUUCAUCAAGAUGUCGCAGCCCAAGAAGCGAGCCGAGACGCUCAUGUUCAGCCGUGCCGCCGUCAUCUCGCAGCGCGAUGCCAAGCUCUGCCUCAUGUUCCGUGUGGGCAACCUCCGCAACAGCCACAUGGUGUCUGCCCAGAUCCGCUGCAAGCUGAUCAAGUCCAGACAGACACCAGAGGGAGAAUUUCUGCCACUGGACCAGUGUGAACUGGAUGUUGGAUUUGGAACUGGAGCUGACCAGCUGUUUUUGGUUUCCCCUUUAACCAUCUGCCAUGAAAUCAACUCAGAGAGCCCCUUUUUCUGCCUCUCACAAAGAUCACUGAGGAGUGAGCAGUUUGAAAUCGUCGUCAUCCUCGAGGGGAUCGUUGAGACCACUGGAAUGACGUGCCAAGCCAGGACCUCCUACACAGAAGAUGAAGUCCUGUGGGGUCACAGGUUCCUCCCAGUCAUGUCUCUGGAAGAUGGCUUUUUCCGUGUCGAUUAUUCUCAGUUCCACGCCACCUUUGAAGUCCCCACUCCUCCUUACAGUGUUAAAGAGCAAGAAGAAAACCUGUCCCUGUCAUCUCUCUUGAAUAGUCCUUUGGAUAAGAAAAGCAGAAGAGAGCAGGUUUGUCCUCUUGACUGUGCUGAUGUUCCAGGAGAGAAGAACAAGCUCCCUGCUAAACUUCAGAAGAUCAGCUCGAGGAAGGAAGGCCUUCCUCCAAGAGCCCUGAGAAUGAGUUCCAGUAACACAGAGAAGACUUUCAGUACUGGAGAUCUCUUGAAAAUUCAAGAAAUAAGUCCCAUCUCUGAUGGUGAAGACAGUGAUAACAGGAAGCAGCUGAAAGCCUUAAAUGCCAAGGCUCUGACUCACUCUACCAGUGAGCUCGAGCUACAGAAGGAUUUUCCAGGUAUGGGUGCUCUAGAGGUGAAAUUGGAAGAUAAUUUUCCUGCCAAACUUUGAAAAAUGAACUCCGAUCGCUUCUUCUAAGAGCUGGAGAAACAGAAGUUGUUGCUGAUAAAAGUGCAUUUGAGACUGCUGCCCUGGAGGAGUUGUUUCACAGUAAAGUCACAACUUGGCUUUGCUGCUUUCAGGAAGAAUGAUCCUUUUUGUAUAAUUGUUCUGUACAGAUCCAAUCUAGGUACCAUAACAGGACUUUGAGGGACAGUAUGGUUACCCUGUCAUGCCAAAGAGAUUCCUGCCCUGAUGAUGCUUGUCAGCAUGCUCAUUGCAAAUCUGCCCUGUCUUCUCUGUAUGCAGAUGCUUUUCACAAAGCAAGGAUCACAUCCUUAGUCACAGAGAUGGAAGCAAGAAGGGUGAAACAGCAGCUGGAACCUGGUUUUGUGCAGCUCAAGUCCUGGACUGCUCCUGAUGGGCAGCACAGCAGAACACAAGAGGAAUAUGUGACUGCUCAGUCCCAGUCCAGUUGUCACUUUGGAAAGAGGCUUUCCUGGUCCAUCCUUCUCUCCCAGUGACUGUGGCACGUUCCCUGUGUGCUCUCAGUGUCUCAUCCAUGGUCAGUCAGGUGGAGGAAGCAGUGUGCAAUAACAUUUGGGUCAUUUGGCCCACAUGAGCUCUCCUAAACAUGAGGAUCUUUAUCCUGUCCAAAAUUAGACCUCAGCAUUUGAUUUGGUGGGUCACAUGCUGAAUUUAAUGGCCAUAUCACCACUCACUGUGAAGCAAACUUGAGAUCAGUAGCUCAGCUUCUUGGCAUGUUUUAUACUGCAACUAAAUGACAUUUCUGUUUGGAGACAUUGUAAGUAAAUAAAUAAAAGCUAAGUGCUAAAUAAUGCUCUGUCAUUACACAUCUCAGAGUUUUACUAAUGAAUGGUAGUCUUUGAUGUUGCUAAUUUUUAUUUUAUUACAUUUGCCUUUUCCAUUUGUAUAUGAUUCUCAGUAAUUUUGUAGAUUUGAUAUUUAUUGCUAUUCAGCUCAAUCCACCUCUGUCUGUGAGAGGGGAUUUUUAUUUCCUGGUUGGUAGUAAUUAUAAACACACCCUGCUGUUUUGUGAACAGUGUUCAGUAGCUCAGCAUACAUCACCAGAGCACUCUCCAGCAGAAGGAUCCAAUUCUGCUCUUGUUACAUGGACAAAAUUCAGUCAAAUUUAAAAGGGGUGGCAGUGGCCAUAUUGUUUGGCAAAGCGUUCCUUGAUGGUAAAAUGAUGUAUGCAAGCUAGGGAUAGCUUGGCUUGCAGAACCCUCUAUUUCUUGCUUUUGAUCAGUGGGAAAGAGGAAAAUGCUAUUUAAUGCAGGGAUAAGAUGUGCUGCUUGUUGUUGUUUAUCUGUUCUCAUGAAUUUCAACAAUAUAUAUGUGCUAAAAUCUGUAUUUUCAUUUAUCAACUGUAUUUGUAUGGAGUACUUAGAUGACAGCAUGAAGUCUUAAAUGAUGAUGACUCUCUCUACUCUCCAGAACUGCCAGAAUUAGUGUAGAAUAAAAUUACAUCCACCUCA